AUGAGCAAUGAAAUCGUUCUACUAGACAACAACUCGUAUACUCGCGAUGAACUACUUUACUAUUACGAAUCGCCGUUGUCGUUGAUGCGACCAAAGAAGUUUGAGACACUUUUGAAAGAUUCGCCUGAAAUUAUUCGCCCGCCUCCACAGGCUUUGAUUACUGCGGCUGAUGCGCAAGCUCGCCUUGAAAAUAUUGCCAGUGAGUUUUCAGUGGGAGGUGGAUAGGUGAACUUUCCUGAAUAUUAUCGAAAAUCUCAUCGGUACCGCGCGCUCCACCGUAAUAAACACGCAACGCAGACCGCGCCGCUCCACAACACACACAAAAAAGGGAGGGAAUUUGAAUCGUUCCCUUAUUUGUGUGUGUUGUGGCGCGACGCGGUCUGCGUUGCGUGUUUAGUUCGGUGGAGCGCGUGGUACUGGUGAGAUUUUUGAUAAUAAGUAGCUCUUCCCAAAUUUUUUUGAAAAUGUUAAGAAAUUUCUUGUAUUUUGGGGCACAAAAAAUAUAAAUAUUCAAAAAAAAUUAGGCUGUAAAAUAAUAAUUUCAGACCGUAAUUUAGCUUAUAAAUUAAAAAUAUAUGAAAGCAAGUUCAGGUCAAACUUUAUGGGAUUUUUUCUGAAAAAUACAUAUUUCUUAUGGGUUAUUGUUCCAAAAUAGCCCUCUGGAUUGUUUUUUGAAAAUUAUAUUUUCUCUCAAAAUUCCUCCAAUUCCGAAUAUUUGCAGGCAAUCCUGGAUCAAAUUAUGAAAAAUAA